CAGUCAAAACAAAGCGGCUCCGGUUCGUCGCCUCCGUUAAACCGUGAAAACUCCGGACGUUCCCCGGAGGAGAGACCCCGGCCGCCGCUGCUCUGUGCCCGCCGAGGCCGCCUGGUCCCUGGGGCUCCGCGGCGGAUCUCCCGGGCUGCUGGGCUUCGUCCUCCGGGACGGAUGGAGGCGGAAACCACCGAGACACCCGACGAAUAAAGCACCGAGGAUCCGGAGGGGCUCCGGUUCGGAUCCCGGUCCCGGGGGCUCGCAUGGCGGAGUAGCGACCCCCCGACCCGCUGGUUCCGAGCCGGGAGGACCGGGACGAGGACCGGGAGGAGCACCGGGACGAGGACCGGGACGAGGACCGGGAGGAGCACCGGGAGGAGCACCGGGAGGAGGAGCAUGGCGCCGGGCGGCCUGGCGGCGGCCUGCCGCUCCCUGGCCCUCUCCACCGGGCUGCUGUCCCUGUGCUUCGUGCACCUGCUGUGCCUGGACUUCACCGGGGCCGAGCGGGAGGAGUGGUACACCGCCUUCGUGAACAUCACCUACCGGGACCCGGCCACGGCCGAGCUCCGGUCCGACCGGACGGAGUGCGGCCGCUACGGGGAGCACUCCCCCAAGAGGGAGGCCCGGGGGGCGGUGCUGCUGCCCGCGGCCCCGGGAGACCGGCAGGCCUGCGACCCCAGCACCCGCUUCACCGGCCCCCGGUUCCCCGGGCCCGGCCCCCGGGUCCCCGGGGCCCUGCAGCCCGGGCAGCCCGCGGCCUGGAUCGCGCUCAUCGCCCGGGGGAACUGCACCUACCGGGACAAGAUCCGGAACGCAGCGGCACACAACGCGUCCGCGGUGGUGAUCUUCAAUGUGGGCUCGGUUAACGUCAACGAGACCAUCACCAUGCCGCACCCAGGUACGGGUGAUGUCGUCGCCAUCAUGAUCCCGGAGCCUAAAGGUCGCGAGGUGGCGCUGCUGCUGGAGCACAACGUGACGGUUACCAUGACGAUCACCAUCGGGACCAGGAACCUGCAGAAGUACGUCAGCCGGACGUCGGUGGUGUUCGUCUCCAUCUCCUUCAUCGUGCUGAUGAUCAUCUCGCUCGCCUGGCUCGUCUUCUACUACAUCCAGAGGUUCAGAUACGCCAACGCCCGAGACAGGAACCAGCGUCGUCUUGGCGAUGCGGCGAAGAAGGCCAUCAGUAAGCUGCAGGUCCGAACCAUCAGGAAAGGCGACCAGGAGACGGAGCCCGACUUCGAUAACUGUGCCGUGUGCAUCGAGGGCUACCGGCCCGGGGACGUGGUGCGGGUGCUGCCCUGCAGACAUCUGUUCCAUAAGAGCUGCGUGGACCCGUGGCUGCUGGACCACCGCACGUGUCCCAUGUGCAAGAUGAACAUCCUGAAGGCUCUGGGCAUCGCGCUCAACGCAGACUGUCUGGACGACCUCCCGCUGGACUACGACCUGGUGCUCGGCGGCGCUGGGGGGGGCGGAGGAGGCGGAGUCGGGGCCCUGGCUCUGGAGGCCGUUGUGUCGGCGGCGUCCAGUGACGGCUCGCUGAGCGAGGGGGGGUCCUCCGUGGUGCUGGACCCCGGUGUGAGGCGGGUCGGACUCCCACAGGACUACCAGGACCCCGACCCCCUGAGAGACAGCCCGGGGACGGCCACCACCGACACACACACAGGUGAGCAUCAGCCAAUGGCGAGCAGCGCCUCAGUGGCGUCACUGGUCAUCGCCGUGGAAACGGGUCUAUCGGAUGAGGAGGGGUCUCUGGAGCAGCCGGGGAACAAAUCCUGAGCUCGACAGAACCAAACCAGAACCUGAUAAAACCUCCGAUCAGGUUCCGACUGUGGACCUCAGUCGACCGGACGGGACCUGACCCCGGUCCAGGAUCUGGUUCUGGUCCAGGACCUGGUUCUGGUUUGGAAGCUUAACCAGGAAGCAGAACCACGGUUGCUCUGGACAAAACGUUGUUGAACUAAACUUGUUGGGAUCCUUGUUGGACUCGCUCCUCACUAAAACC